GACGUGGCUCUGCACUGUUGGGGCGAGGCAGAAUGGCGGCUGCAGGCUUGACGGAAGAAUUGACCUGUGCAGUGUGUCUGGGCUUGUACCAGGACCCUGUGGCACUGCCCUGCCAGCACAGUUUCUGUGCCAAAUGUAUUAGCGAUGCCUGGGACCAUUCGGAGUUCAUGUGUGGAGUCAACUGUCCCGAAUGUCGCAGAAACUUCAACCCCAGGCCCAGCCCGGUGAAGAACCACAUUCUGCAGAACAUCAUGGAGAAGUACAGCCAGAGCCAGCCCACUGCCCCUGCUGCCCGGCCCAGUCCCGUGAUGUGUGAGUACUGUAUCGACAGCCCAUCCCCGGCUGUGAAGACGUGCCUCAAAUGUGAAACCUCCUUCUGCUCCCACCAUCUGCAGCCGCAUCUGACCAAGCAGAUCUACAACGACCACGGGCUGAUCGAGCCCAUUGCCGACUUCACCACCAGACAGUGCCCAACUCAUAAAAAGGUACUUGAGUUCUACUGCGAGCAGGACCAGGAGUGUGUGUGUAUAUCCUGCACUGUCAUCGGGAAUCACAAAUCCCACUCUCUGCUGACUCUGAAUCAGGCAAAGGACAAAAUCAAGGUGAGCAACGUUCUUGAGUUGGUACCUUAA